AUGAAUGUCAGCCCUGCAACCGCCGAUGCGGCCUCUGCCGACCCGGAGCUGGAGUUGACCGUGCGCUUCGUGUACAAGGAAGGCCCCGUGGCAGCUGUGCGUGCCGCCCGUUUCCGCACCGUGCCGUUAGCGGCCGCGCUGGGCGGUGUCUUCCGCGCUGUUCGCGGCUUGCAGGCUGAAGCGCAGGCGCAGCAGC